AUGAAACCUAUUGUAUUUAGGAUUGACCCAAAUGUCCUUUCUCAAUUCGUUAAACCCUCAGGACAGAAGAAGGAGGCUGCAUCCUAAGUGAAUCAAGUUUAAGAUUGCUUGAAACAAUUGAACAUAGACGAUGAUGAGGAAGUUGAGUAAUUUACGAAUCAGCAACCUUCUUAGCCAGUCAUAAAAAACAGAUCAAGAACACUCUAUUCGAAUGGGUCGACUCUGCCUGAGACGCUAUCGAAGAACUCCAAUCAGUAGAUUCAGGAGAUGAAUCUCUCAAUCAGUGGAUCUUCCUUGGGUUGGGACGAAGUAUUUAGUUCCACAAUGCCAACCUCCUUCUAAAUGUUUCAAUUCAAAAACAAAAGACGCUAUGAACCUUAAUAGCAAACAACCCAAUUCCAAAUUCAAUUACAGAAUAUACCCAAAGACAACAGAACGACCCUGAUGAUAAAGAAUAUCCCAAACAAGUACUCCUAGCCUCUUCUUCUUGAGGAGAUAGACUGCACUAAUAAGGAUACUUACAAUUUCUUUUAUUUACCAAUUGACUUUACAAACAAAUGUAAUGUGGGUUACGCCUUCAUCAACUUUUAUGAUCCCUUGGACAUCCCAAAGUUUUAUCUGGAAUUCCACAAUAGAAAGUGGAGCAAAUUUAAUUCAGAAAAAAUUUGCUAGAUCACCUAUGCCAGAAUCCAAGGAGUAGAAGAAUUGUAGGGACAUUUUCAAUAUUCAACCAUAAUGCAUGAAAAAGACAGAAGACUAAAACCCAUUUUCAAAUAAAGUUCAGAGUAGAAACUAAAAAGAAAAUGAUAAAAAUUUGUUUCAAUUAGUUAUCAAUGGUUAUAUCUCAUCA